AUGAGUAAGACAAUUCCAAAGAACAAUAGAAAAGCAAAGGAUGAAGUCGUAGAGAAGCACAGAGGGUCACAUGCAGAAUCUGGGCGCCUAGAGGGCGGUUACGAGGUUUCUCCGCACGGUCCGCACCGGCCCUCAGUUGCGGGCCGUGUCGGUCCGCUGGUACUUGCGGGCUGCGGACUUGCGGAUGCGGACAUCCAUAGAGCGGACACAUGCGGGGAGUCCGCAUGUGCAGGAGUGGGAUGGAGGUGCGGAGAUGUGGGAGAUGCGGGAUGCGGAGAGAUGAUGGCGAGUGCGGGGAUGCGCGGGGUCAUGCGGGAUCAUGUGGGACUGUGCGGGGGGUGUGGGUCAAGGCUGCUCAACACUCACGUUGCAUACGCCGCCCUUGAAGUCGCCGUAACAAAACUUGACGUCGUAUCGCAUUCCAAAGCGUUGUUACGAAAAUGCGCAUUUUCUUUACUAAGUAACCAAGAGCUUUCCGCCCAACAAGUGAUGAGUUAUCUUAUGGAAUACGGCGAUCAUUAUACUAGCCAUACCUUUCGAGGAUUCUACUGGCCUGCUGCCGUAAAAGAGGUUUCUUCUUCUGAUUCUAACAACGAACAGGAUACCGACUUUGUUGUAAGCGAAGAGGAGACGUUCAUCGAUGUAUCCAAGUCGGGAAAUCUUAUACAAAAAUGUGCUUACCUUGAAGAUUAUAUCCACCGCCCUACCACUCUCCAUUCGUUCAAUUUAUGGGAUUUCCUGUCACAAUUCGAAAAAAUUCGAACUGCUACUACAGCCGAGAAGAAGAUGCCAAAAUAUAAGCGACAUCGAUCUAUUGCAGUCGAUGACGAUGACGUUUCUUCAGGCAGUGAAUCCGAUGAAUCGAGUGAAUACUCCUCCAGCGAUAUGAGCGACGACGAAUUGUGUCCAGCGCCUAGAAGUAAUAAGUUUUUCUUCAAAGACGGACAUCGUCAGCAUAAUACACAUCAUCUGAGACGGCGUUCGGAACAUCGUUAUGUUAUUCCACAACCAAUAGGCCCUUCACUGCCUAGAAGAGAUAAACCUGAGAUCUUCGAUCAAUACAAAUUGACGAUGCUUACAUUCUUCGUACCGUGGCAUGAUAGAGGAAGCAUCGACACCCUUUUUUCGCCAGAAAGUACCCAAUCGUAUGAUCUAUUUGUUAACAACUGUACAGACCGAGUGAAAUGGUUAAUGUGUAACAUGCAGUUGCUACAUGAAUGCAAGGACAGUAAAGAUGACGAUUACGCUCACCGUCGUGCUAGGGAACACAACACAAUGCCCAGAGUUGUAGCACCUGAUAACGCGACUAGCAACGAUGAUUGCAGUCAGUUAAAUAUGGACGAAAUCGAACGAGAACUUGCUUUACAACACCUUCAAGAAUUGGCCGCUACCACGUCAAAUAACAGGUCGUCUCGUCGCCAAGCCGCGGACGACGCUUUGGAAUCAAUGAAAUCCGGAGGUGUUUAUAACAAACACGUUCAAAGUAGUCCAAUCGAAGGCAAUGAGUAUAGGACCACAGAUACAUAUCAAGAAGAUGUAUGGAAAGCAGAGUACGAACACCGUCGACGAAACUGGAAGCGAUCUGUAGUUGAACAAGCCAAACAUACCGCGCAUCAAAGUAAUUCAAUUACCGCGAGCGCUAAUCAAAAUCAACUCGACGCUUUUGGUUCGUUAUCGACUUCUGCGCCCGUACCUACCUAUACAUCACUUGACUUGGAUCGAAUGACAUCUAAUCAACUAUCACAAUUACUACAUACGAGAAAAGAAAUCAUCGCUUCCAACUAUUGCUUAAAUGAAGCACAACAACGAGCUUAUUAUAAAAUUGUUCAGUCCCAUAUAUUUGCUGUAGAGGGUCGAAAACAGGGUCCCGUUCGUAUGUUUUUAACCGGUCCCGGAGGAACUGGAAAAUCGACUGUCAUUAAGGCGAUUACGGAGUUCUUUCGCUAUAAUCUUGAAGAACCCCAUGUUCGUCUAUGUGCGUAUACAGGUGUCGCUGCUAAAAACAUCGGUGGUAUGACCCUCCACGCUGCUUUAAAUUUAAAUUUAAAACUGAGUUCUACAUCUACUACUGUAAAUCGAGACUUAAUAUCUUUGUGGGAAGGUAUUGACUACCUUGUAAUCGAUGAAGUAUCAAUGAUUGGGUGUAACACAUUACGAAAAAUUAGUGAUUCUUUAUGUGCAGCUAAGCAAUCUAGCGCUCCUUUCGGUGGCAUAAACAUCAUCUUCGCAGGUGAUUUUGCGCAGCUACCACCCAUAAAAGAAACACCAUUAUAUUCACGGUUAAAGACUUGGAAUGCUGCAAAUUCGUGGUCGCAGGACGUUGUUCUUGGUAAACUAUUAUGGAAUUCUAUAGAUACCGUCGUUCGACUUGACGAGGUUAUGAGACAGGCUGGUGUUCGUCAACAAAGAUUCGUUGAGUUAUUGUCCCGUCUUCGUAAAGGCCAAUGCACCAUCGAAGACUACGAAUUACUUCAAUCAAGACGACUUUCUCGGCUACCAAAUGAAGAAAUACCAAGCGCUUUAGACACAGUUACAUUAGUCACAUCUAACGAAGAGAAAGAUUUACUUAAUGAGCAAGCAGUUAAAGAAUUUAGUCGCACUACUAACAGACCUUUACACUGGUACUAUGCAUCGGAUAAAAUAGGCCAAAAUACAGUCCAAUGUUCAAGCGCUGUUACUGCGUCGUUAGUUAAAUAUUCCGGCAGUCAAGUCAAAUACCGACUGACGAAAUUACCUCUUGUAAUAGGAAUGCCGAUAAUGCUCGUUCAAAAUUUCGAUGUGGCCAGUGGCGUUGUCAAUGGAAUAAUUGGAAAAUUGAAAAAGAUUCGCUAUACGGUUGAUGCGGAAGGAUUUCGUCAUUUGACGUCUUGUGUUUUGCACUCUGAUAACGCGAAUGCAUCUGCUAUGUCUUCACUAGAACAAUAUGAUGUUCCAUGUUUCGAAGACUCGGUGUCCAUUUCCUUUAAAAAUUUCUUCAGUGGCAAAUCACUGAAUGUAAGGAGAACUCAAGUACCAAUCGUGCCCGCCUUUACGGUCACAACCCACAAAGCCCAAGGUCAAACUUUAGACCGCGCUUUUCUCGAUUUAAGCGCUUGCACAGGUUCCGAAAAUCCAUAUGUGAUGUUAUCGCGAGUGCGAACUCUAGAUGGCGUAUUUAUCAUAAAGGAUUUUCCCUAUUCCAAGAUUACUUCUCGUCUUUCUGAAGACCUUCGGCAUGAAUUCAAAAGAAUUGACGUUCUCAGCGACUAUGGUGCUGGCAUUGUUCAUUCAUCUGACGUUAAUGAGUUUCAUUCUCGAUUCCUUGAUCAGUUCAACAAAUGCCUUCGACAAAUCGAUAACUUUGCAUUCGACCGUGCAAACCAUGAUUCCUGCUAUGUGGAAAAACAAACAUGCCUUCGCAGUAUCGAGGAACGACUUACUUCAAUACCACUUCCUUCAAUGCCUGCACUUCGUUCAAAUGUUACUGUUCCGCCAAGAAUCCCCAUCAGUGACGUAAUUAAUGCUGGUGACGCUCCUAUGGAUGUCGACCGCCCCGGUGUUUCAACACCUGUUUCUCCGCUCCAGCAACCCUCCACUUUCGCUGCGGACAGAACAGAAUCGUCGUCUAUGUUUGGCAUCGACGUGACACCCGCUCUAAAACGUUCAAGAUACGAAACUUCUCACCCCAACAAGCGAUCGAUGCCCAAUAGAUCUCUAACUCUGCUGCUGCGUUCUCAGCCAUUAUUCUUCCCUCGAACUCGUCUUCACUUAUCCAUUCAGUGGCAACUGGCGAGAGCUACCAAAUCUAAUUAUCAAGAACAACUCGGUAUAUUAUUGCGUCGUAUCCACUGCAUCAUGGCCACCGACAUCCCAAUGCUCGACUUUGAUCCUAAUCAAGAACGUCAUUCGCCUGCCACUACAAAUGCGACCACUACGAACGACGGCAAUAACCAUGCCACAUCGGCGUCCGGUUCCUCCAAUUUGACUAGAGAGUACGAUCCUGGUUAUUCAGGCAACGACGACCCUUACGAAGCCCGAAACUUACCCAACGGUCCGUAUGAAACUUUAACCAAAUGCAUCGCGACCCCAGAAACACAGUCCGACUUUAUUGCCUCUGGCGUCGUUCGUCCUAACGUCGACUAUCGAGUCAGAGUGCGCCAUGCCCGGCGCGCCGGAGGGUGGAACAAGUUCCAGUUCUACACUCCAAACGGCGACGAGGAAGAGUUCCGAACUUUGCUUUAUGGCGAACUCAGCGAUCGUCAAGCCGGUACUCGUAUUGGCGCUAUGGGCAAUUUUUAUACCGGUGGAAACGAUAGCUCGAAGAAAAUCAUCGACGGUACUAGCGUUAAGAACAUAUAUUGUCUUCAUCAUCCUUCAUCCGCCCCUCCCGCAAUUCGAGUAGGAUUCGACAAUCAACUCAACGCUUUAAGCGCCAUGGCCGACAUGGUUGGCGAGUUAUCGCACAAAGAAGUUGGUCCCGUCUCUGCUACUGCCCCCGAUGGACAUACUCCCAUCAUCAAAUGUUCCGGCCCUCAAGUUUACAAGGACAUGGGUUGGGCUGACCCUGUGGGUUGGUGGGUAUGGGUCAGGUGGGUGUGGGUGUGGGUCACUUCUGCGGCACCCACACCUAACCCACCUGACCCACGGGUUACUGGAGUCUCAAGUGCCAAUGGGAAAAAUGCUUCUUUAAAUAUUUAUGUCCAAUAUCUAUUUGUACUCCAAUCACUCACAAUUCCACUCUACCCAUGCUUCCAAAACCCAUGGGUUUCAGACCCACACCCACACCCACAUAAACCCACGGAAACCCACACCCACACUCAUGGGUAUGGGUUUUGCCUCCAAAGCUGUUCUUCCGCAAACAGAAACGAUAAGGAGGAUAAAACACGCGACACCGCUAAUAUCGAAGAGGGGGCUUUAUAUCCUUGCCAUUUCCUGCCUGACCACACUGGCAAUCGAUUCGAUCAUGUCUCUUCGGUUGUUCCCCAACCUCUUGUGUACGACAUCAACGACGACCUCGUACCACCAUGGUUGCUGUAUACCGUUUUGAAGCCGGGAGUAUUGGUCAUGAUCGAAGGCGUCCCAAGCGCCUGGGACAUUCCUGGAGUCAAAACGACUCUUCAAUUUAACGUCGAUUCUGUCAAAGUCAUAGGUUAUUCAAACACGUCACCUCAAGAGCCUCCCAUUAUCCCAAUUGGCCCUAUGGAGGACAAUAAACCACUGACAACUACCCAAAAACGAAGCUCCCAUUUCGACGCUUUUAACAAGACCACCAAAAAACCCCGCGUCGAGGAUAGCCCUGCCACCAAUCGCCGAUCAAAUCUUCAAACCAACAGCGCCUUCUCCACUACGUCAUCAUCAUCCAAUUCUAUCGCUUCCGCUUCGAACUCGACUGUUACUUCCAAUAAGCCUUCAACCACGAAAGGAAAAUCGAAAGCAGUUUCCCGAAAGUAA